AUGGCUACCGCCUCGCCCAUCGACAUCCAGACGCCCCCGCGCUAUGGCUCCAACUCGCCCCAGAACCAGACGUCCAACCUGACGUCGGCCCUGCGACAGCAGGCCGAGGCCCAGCCCGACAACAUGUCCACCACGCCUGGCCUGCUGAACCCAAACAACUUCGACUUCACCAAUGGCCAGCGCCCGAGCAUGAGCGAGCGCCACCCCUCCAUUAGCAUGCUCGGCUCCUCCUUCUACGGCAACAGCGGCGCCCGUCCCAUCACCAUGAAGGACCGCGGCCGCCGCGAGAGCACAAACAUGGGCAGCUUCGCCGGCGGCAUGAGCUGGGGCGGCCACUCGGUCGGGUCCUGGAUCCGCGACGACAUCAUGAUGGGCACCUCACCCGCGCCUUUCGUCCAGGGCUCGCCUUCCUUCCACUCGUCUUCCUACCUGCCCAAGAUGGAAGCCGCCUUCAUGAAGGACUUUACCUGCUGCGGCCUUACCCUCGCCUCGCUGCACGAUCUCCUCCAGCAUUUUGAGGAGACGCACGCCAACGCGCCCGCUGCCCGCCCGCAACAACAGCAGCCCCAGAACGGCUUCACAAACACAUCAGGCGCUCCCACCAGCUCCAUUGCGCCAAGCCAGACACAGGGCGAUGCCUACAACACACAGAAUGGCUUCCAGUCACGGUCAGGCUCCAUCGGCGCGCCACGCCAGCGCAUCGGCUCCGUCAGUCGCUCCAACCUGUCGACUGUGCAGGACAUGGACACAUUGGAUGACAUGGAGAUGGACGACAUCGACUUCAACAACCUCGGUCCCAUCGAGGAGCAGCAGAACAUGCAGCAAUUCCCAGUCCAGAACCAGUUCAACCAGAACCAAAAUCAACAGCCACAGCUCAACGUCAACGUCAACCUCGCCAACAACAUGCAAAAUCACCAAGGCAUGCGCACAUCCACUCCUACCACGCCAUCCGCCACACAGCAGUUCAACCUCCAAAAUAACCCCACCGUUUCGUCGGUCAACACGCCCACAAUGGGCACCAUGCCUAUGCAAAAUCACAACCUGACAUCGCCCGAAUCGUCACAUCCGGGCACUCCGGCCGAGCUCGACAUGGACUUUGGCGGUUUCAACCCAAUGAUGGGCAUGGACAUGAACAUGAACAUGGGCAUGAACUUUGGCAACGGCAACGGCAACUUUGGCAUGGGCGCAUUUGACAACAACGGCACCAUCGACCAGCCCGGCAAGCGUCUCUUCAGCAAGCAAGGUGGCGGUCUGAACCAGGCUCAGCUACAAGCAGCGCUCAAGAACUACCAGCUUAGCGGAAACGACCAAAGCGAGAUGGCUAGGAGGUUACGAGAGCAACAGCUCAUCAACGGCGCGAGCAUACCCCAGUUCCCCUUCCCAGAAGAGGUCAAGCCAUUCCGAUGCCCAGUCAUUGGCUGUGAGAAGGCAUACAAGAAUCAAAACGGUCUCAAGUACCACAAGCAGCAUGGUCACCAGAACCAGCAACUCAAGGAGAACGACGACGGUACCUUCUCGAUUGUCGAUCCUCUGACGUCCAUUCCAUACCCCGGCACCGUCGGCAUGGAGAAGGAGAAGCCUUACCGUUGCGAAGUAUGUGGCAAGCGAUACAAGAACCUCAACGGUCUCAAAUACCACCGCUCCCACGCUCCUCACUGCAAUCCCGAGCUCGCGAUGCAGAAGCUUGGCCUUACUUCCAACCUCCAAAAUCUACAGAACGCAAACGUCGCAGGUGCUGGAAUGGGCGGCAUUGACCCCUCCAUGUUCUAA